AUGGCUAUCCGCGUAACCCUCAGCUUCUCCGGCUAUAUGGCCCAAAACCUAGCAUCCUCAGCAAGCCUCCUCGCGGGGAACUGUCGAGGAUUUCAGGAAUGCUGGGUUCGGUCUUGGGUAUUCGGAUCCAACCAGAAGCCUGAUCUCGACCCCGCCCCCUUGCCGUCAUUAUACACCGCUCUCACCGAGGAGAUUCUGGGCGAGAGCUGCAAGAGCCCGAUCGUGAUGGGCUUGAUCUCGCUUCUGAAGUCAACGGCUAUCGCCAUCGGCGUCUCUUCGGCUCUGGCCUGUUUGGGGAUUUCGCCGUUUAAAUCCGGUUCGGUCAUGCUUUUUUUUAUAUUUUUUUUACAGGUCUCAAAGUGGUUGCUCUGCAACGAGUCUGUCCCGGUGUCGAUAAUGAAGGAAGUGGAUAAAGGUGGAGCGUUGUGUGUCGAUGACAUUGCAGAAGCCUCGCAGCUCUCCAAGAAAGACAUUGGGAGGACCGGUUUUUUGUCGCGGUUGUUGAAUUAUUGCUCGGAAGACACUAAGGCUGUGUUCACUGCUGUUACAGUCAGUGUAUUGUUUAAGUCUUUCUUGGCUAAGCCCCGAUCAAUUCCCUCAACUUCAAUGUACCCUACUCUCGAUGUCGGCGAUCGGAGAUUGGCGAGAUCGCUUCGCGAAUUGCGCAGCUCUACUUGGGGCAGUACAUAAGGACCAGCGAGGCAAGCUACCUCUCCGAGGCGUACAUAUUCUACGAGGCGAUUCUCAGCAGAGAGUACUUCAAGGAGGGCAUGUUUCAGGACCUGAGCUUGGCCAACAAGCAGCUCCGGUUUGUUUCG